AUGGCGCUUCCUUACGUGGAAAUAGAGUUCCGCUUUUCUGUCCUUGAAAAUGCUGCUAGCAGCAGCAGCAGCAACAGCAGCAGCAGCAGCAGCAGCAACAGCAGCAGCAGCAGCAGCAAGAUCUGCCUAGCGGAUGUGAGUGGAGCAGCAGCAGCGGCUGACCUUGGCGAUGAGGCCCCCUUUGUCUGCCGCCUCUACCAGUUGCUGCAGCAGCAUCAGCAGCAAGAGCAGCAGCAGCAACAGCAACAGCAGCAGCAGCAGCAGCAGCAAGAAAAUGUCUACAGGGCUGCAGUGUACGGACAGCUCGACGAAGUCACCGACUUCCUCAGGGAGAAGGUAGACAUGUUCCUUGUUAUACAGCGACAGCAGCAGCAGCAGCAGCAGCAGCAGGAUCCGCAGCAACAACAGCAGCAGCAGCAGCAGCAACAACAGCAGCCGCAACAGCAGCAAGAGGACCGUUACGUGGCUUUCGCUGUUCGCGAGGUUAUCGACAGUGAUGAGCAGCAGCUGCAGCAGCUGCAACAGCUGCAGCAGCAGCAGCAGCAGGUCCUCUCUGGGGGACCUGCAGCAGCAGCAGCAGCAACAAGCAGCGUCUCCUAUGCUGCCGAACUCAAUCCUGCGGACGGAGGCCCUCGGCUGUCUGUACAGCUGACCUUGAAGCAGCAUUUCCAGCAGCAGCAGCAACAACAACAGCAGCAACAGCAACAGCAACAGCAGCAGCAGCAGACGAGCAGUCCCCCCCAGAGAUGUUUUUUUCUCUCAUUUCAGCGCCAAGGCCCUGAGGAAGGAAGCGACCAGCCCCUUGUUGUGUGCGUAGGGUCUGCUGCUCGCAUCUGCCGCAGCAGCAGCAGCAGCAGCAGCAGUAGUAGUAGCAGCAGCAGGUUUGCUCUCCUCUUCGCUCAGGACCUAAAGGAGGCGCAGCUGCAGCUGCAGCGGAUGCAGCCGGUGCUGCUUGCUGAACCGCCGCAGCAGCAGCAACAACAGCAGCAGCAACAACAGCAGCAGCAGCAGCAGGACCAGCAGCAACACGGGGUGGCGCUGCCAGUGGAUUUGUCUCCCCUGAUUGCUGCAGUACAGCAGCAAAUCGAGGCUGAACAGCAGCAGCAGCAGCAGCAGCAGCAGCAGGGAAGGCAGCAAGUUAUAUCUGCUGCGGUGUAUGGGCAGCUCGGGCUGCAGCGCUUAUCCCUCGGAGGUGUUGCUGCUGUGGUUGCAGAGGCAGUGCUGCACCUCUCGCAAGGACGCAGCAGCAGCAGCAACAACAACAUCAACAGCAGCAGCAGCAACACCAAGAACAGCAGCAGCAACGAGCCCCCAGCAGAUAUGCUGCAGCAGCAGCCGUUGAUGCUGCCGCUGCAGUACCAGCAGCAGCAAACAAUCGCAGCAGAGGGAGGCUGCCUCACUGCUGCCCCCCAUCAGCAGCAGCAGCAACAGCAGCAGCCACAGCAGCAACAACAGGAGCCACAGCAGCAACAACAGCAGCCACAACAGCAGCAACAGCAGCAGCAGCAGCAGCAGUACUGGCGUUUAUACAUUGACUGCGUCUCUGUCCAGCUGCGUGCUGCUGAGGUCCUCGAUGCAGCAGGAUUUGCGUUGCUGCAGCAGCUGCUGCACCAGGUGUAUGUACACUACAACUAUUCACCCUUCGGCAGCAAGCAUCUCUUCACCUCCUCGCCCCCCGUCAACUGCAGCACAGGAAAUGCGGUAGAGCUGCCCGACGGCUUGUGCGAGUAUACUAUGAGAGCCACAGCCGAACAGCUGCAGCAGUCUCUUGCUUCAGCACCUUUGCUGCUGCAGGUGUGCAGCAGCAGCAGCAGCAGCAGCGGGGUGGCAGCAGCAACCGAUUGCUGCCUAGGGGAAGCCCGCGUUGACCUCUCGCCGCUGCUGCAGCAGCCGCUGCUGACAGAUGCUGCUGCGCCCCACAACUACCAAAUGCUGGGACUGCGGCUGCCGCUGCAGCGGCAGCAGCAGCAGCAGCAGCAGCAGCGGACGCUUCCGCUGGUUGAAGGCGAGAUUCACCUCCAGCUUUACUUGGAGCAUCUGCAUUCCCCGUCAGCAGCAGCAGCAGCAACAACAGCAGCAACAGCAGCAGCAACAACAGCAGCAACCGCAGCAGAAAACGCGGCCACAGCAGCAGCAGCAGCAGCACCAGCAGGAACAACAACAGCAAUAACAGCAGCAGCAGCAGCAACAGCAGCAGCAGCAGCAUCAACCCCAUUUCCAGCACCUCAAGGGCUCGAAGGCGACGGACAGAUGGAGGUUUGGAAGAUCCAACAUCAACUUGAAUCGGAGCGGCAACUGCGGCGGGCAGAGACGGCAAUGCGCCAGCAGCUGGAAGCGGAGUUUCUGCAGCAGCAGCUGGAGAAAGCUUCCGCUGUUGCUGCUGCUGCUGCUGCUCGUGCUGCAGCAGCAGAAGCAGAAGCAGCUAACUGCAGGAGAGAACUCUGCGAGUCCCCCGUGGCGCAGCUGAAGGCCCAGCUGCAGCUCAAGACAUACCAAGCUCAGGACUUAGCACAAAAACUUGAUGCAAUGACGGCCUCAAGGAAUCACUUCCUUAGGAACUGCUCGCUGCUGCUGCAGCAGCUUCAAGCAGCUAAAGAGAGGGAGCUGAUCCCCGCCCCGUGGGAGGCUGAGCUCGAACAGAAGCUGCAGGCAGUGCAGCAGGAGGUGGAAGCACUCAGUCACGUGCUGCAGCAGCAGCAGCAGCAGCAAGAGCAGCAGCAGCGGCUGGCUACCGCUGCAACGGAGAACGUGGCCCCCGCUGUCAAUGUGCAGCAGCAGCAGCAGCAACAGCAACAGCAGCGGAAAGAUGCGCUUGGGGAGGCUCCCCCUCAUCACAAGGACACGAGCAGCAGCAGCAGCAACAGCAGCAGCAGCAACAGCAGCAGCAGCUGCGUAACGAACAUCGCUGCAACGCUGCAGCAGGAGAUAGAUGAACUGCUGCAGAGUUCCCUGUACACCCCAGAUGACCCCUUAAUCAAGGCCCUCGAGGACGCGAGGCUGCAAGCCCCAACAUGA